AUGGACAGUUCAAGCAAAGAUACGCAUACACGACCCAGUUCUAAAUUAUCUCUUGGUUCCUCACCGUCUGUUCUUAGUGCGGAUGAACAAUUAGAUGGAGAAGGACCCUUAACACCCACGGAUAAAAUUCAAGACGACGAAGACGACGACAUGGACGAAGAAGAGGAGGACGAUGAUGAUUUGUCUGCAUUGAAUAGUAUAUUACAAGCAGGUUCACCUGGCUCUCUUUCGAAUGAAGAAGUAUCAGACGAUGAUUUACAUACCGAACAAGAUUCAGCUUCUCCUCUUUCUUCUGUACCCGAUGAUUUUCCUCUUUCACGUUCUGCUUCACCUGAACCUUUAAUGGUCGCUCCCUCUUCACCUCCAUCACCACCUUCUCCACCAUCACCACCACCACCACAACAACAACAACAACAACAAGGGCAAGAAGAGGAGGAAGAAGAAGAGGAAGAAAAUGAACCGGUGAAAGAAGAAGAUGAGGAUAUGGAAGAAGAAGACGAUGAUGAUGAAGAGGACGGGUCAAUGGAAGAGGAUGGAAAGAAAGUUGUGUUUGAAGCUGUGACAAAAUUGGUCCCUUCGCUGCAAGAGAAUGGCGAUUGUGAAGACAAGGUGAACAAUGAAGCACAAGACAACGAGGAUCAUGACUACCAGCAACGACACAAAGAGGCGUUGGAUGCCCUGACCCAUAUCGAAGUAGAAUUCGCACGAUUAAGAGACAAAAUGUACGAGGAGAAAAUGUCGGAACUGAACGAAGAGGCCAUUAUGAUUGCCAAUGGUACUCAUCCAGAGUUAGUGACUUUAAUGGCAGAGAUUGAAGAAAAGAAGGGAAAACGCAUUCAUAGUGCAGAGGCAUGGCGAAAACAUCAACAUGCUAAUUUCCGACAACAGUUUGAAGGCUUUGAAUAUCAGGCCAAUAUCCAUUUUAUUGUAAGCUUACUAUGA